GUUUCUCUAAUUGAACUUCACCCAAUCAACAAUAACUCGUUAGCAGUUGCUUGCUUUUUCGUGUUCCUUGAGGCAGCGUAUUCCUUGCAGGGAAUCGCCCCCCAGCCAGUACCGUUAUACUUUCUAAAGAUCUUCAUGGAACUUCGCAGAGGAACUGUCUCUCUCUGCAAGGAAAUGCGAUUCUGUUGCCUGUGAAACUGCAACCUACGCUCGAACCAUGGUUAUUUUGGAGAAAACAUUUCAGAAAAGUGAAGUUGUAUAAUUCGAAUGAAAGUGCUAAAAAGUGGGCUGCGAAGAAGACGACAAUUUAAAGAAACACUGGUGGACGUUUAAACGACCAUUUGAAUGAAAUAAUCAGCCUUUGUCAGCAGUAAUUCCCUGGGACUGCAAUGACCUCCAAUAAAGACAUGAAGGCAGGCUCUGUGUUGCAGUCCAGUGGCGAGGAGAGGAGACGGGGUCCCUUGGACCAGCUUCCACCCCCGGCCAACUCCAACAAGCCUCUGACGCCGUUCAGUAUUGAGGAUAUCCUAAACAAACCCUCGGUGAAAAAGUCAGUUGCUAAUCUCUGUCCGCCGAGAGUUAUUGAAAAAGUGUCCGGCUCAAAUGCAGCAAGAAACGGUAUUAGCACUCCCUCUUCGCCGUUAUGCGCUCUGGAGGAACUAGCCAGCAAAACAUUUAAAGGUCUGGAAGUCAGCGUUAUACAAGCAGCUGAAGGUAAUAAUUCAUAUUCAAUAUUGACAUAACGUUUUAAUAUUUACAUUUACAGAUUCAGUGAGUGAUUGUAUUGCCUAAGCAUACAUAAUAAUCGAAAUAGCCAUUGGUGAAAGCCUAUCGUGUGAACUGUUGUCAAACUUUUACAGUGAGUGUGGUUCUAAAGGCAUUGCAAUAUGUCUCAAACUAUUGCCAAGCCUAGUCUGUGUGAUGUUAUUUAUCCUUGGCUAUUAUUUCAGAGUUUGAGUUUUAUUGGGGUGGAAAAGGAGGCCUCUAAACUGACAUGUUCUAUUGUGCUUCCUGGUGUAAAAUGUAAUUUGCAACAUUUUAUAGGCUUUUAUUGGGUAGAAUGUUAUUUAUUUUAAUCCUGAUAUUGAUAGCUAUGUUAAUCCUAAUGAUGCAUGGGCAAUGUAAAACAUGAAUCUGUUAUUCAUUGCACAUUGUCUCUAUAGAAUGCUGCCCGCAAGUUAUUACCAAAACAUACCCAUCACCACAAUUGGCCAAAAUAACAAAAAUUGUUUGCAUCUGCUUUACAUAUUCGGUAAAACAAGACCUCAAUUACAAAGCUGCUGAUUCUAUCAUGGCACACUUGACACUUGUAGACAUGUUGUUCUGAUAAAGUGACUCUGUAUUUUCGUUUCCCUAAAGGUCGUGAACAUGUAAACGCCUUUGGACAGAGGCAAACCUCAAAAAAGAGGAGAAAGUCCCGGACAGCUUUCACCAACCAUCAGAUAUAUGAACUCGAGAAGCGCUUUUUGUACCAGAAAUACCUGUCUCCGGCCGAUCGAGACCAGAUAGCUCAGCAACUGGGGCUAACCAACGCUCAGGUCAUCACUUGGUUUCAGAAUAGACGGGCCAAGCUCAAGAGAGACUUGGAAGAGAUGAAAGCAGACGUGGAGUCGCUCAAAAAAGUACCACCACAAACCCUGCAAAAGCUAGUCAACAUGGAAGACAUUGACGACCUGCAAGGAAGCUCUGGAGCAAUAUCCCCUAGUAUCUCCCCGUCGUCACAAGGACACCGAGCAUUUCCUCAGUCCCCCUCCUCAUCCAGAGACCAAACCACGGACGAAUUCUCAGAGGAGGACGAAGAGAUUGAGGUGGACGAUUGACAGUAGGCCCAUGUUUUAAGAAAGCGCAUUUUCAAAACUUUUGCAGGCACGGAUAUUGACGAAGAUAGAAGUUAAACUUAAAAGGAAAGUUUACUUUCUCCUCUUCUCCAUUUUAAUUUAUUCAAUAGGACUGUAAAGCCUUCAUGAUGUCCCCGUUUCAAUUUCACCAAAUUAUUUGAGGAAUACAUAUUUAUUUAAAUAGGAUAUGAAACAUACUUAGUGUUAUAGUACACGAUCAAGACUGCAAAGUUUGUAUUUU